AUGCAGGAAAACGUGGGGAGUAGCGCAAACGCGCAUAGUAUUGUGCUUAAGCUUGCACAGGGCAAUGAAAUUGACAUCUUUUUAGAUGGAGAGCCUUGGACUCCAAGAGACCUCCCUGAAAGGCGGUCGAUAUUGCACCAUUAUUUUCUGUAUUUCUUGCCCCUUUCUGUAUGGCACUCGCGUCCUAGGGCCCUAACUUAG